UGAACGUCGAUAGUGAUGGUGUAAGUUGGAUUUUGGGUGCUCAAUUAGGAUUACCAGGUUUCAACAUGAACUCAAAAUAUAUACAAGUAAUCGCAGUUUUUACGAUUUUACAUGCGAUUUUUGUAUACGCAGAAGUUGAAACUCUAAAAUCAUCUCUAUCAGACGAACUAGAUCCUCUUCAAGACAACGAAAACUCGGAAGAAAUCAUAAAAGAGCAAGAAAAAAGAACUAUCUUCAAACCGGUUGUUAAAAAUGUCGCUUGGGUUAAACAUAAACCAGUGAAAUAUGUAUUAGGAUAUGGACCUCCUGAGCUGAAAAUAAAGCCAGUGUUAAGACCAGUAGCUAUAAAGCACUUAGGAUAUCACUAUAACAAACCAAAAAUUCACUUCCACCUCAAAAGACCAGUGGUUCACAUUCCCCAAAUCAGACCUGUCGUAGAACCUGAGUGGAAACCUAUUAUCAAACCAGUUGGCUCUCUAGUCAAACCGGUACACAUUAUUAAACCAGUUAAACCUGUACAUGUAGAACAUGUUCACGCCGUUAAGCCAGUACAUCAUGUACACGUUGAGCCAGUUCAUGCAGAUAAUCUGCACUUAAAUCCUGUGCCUCACAUAGACCAUGUCCACCGAGAACCUAUCGUGCAAGUUCAGCACAUACAACCAGUUCAUGUAACGGAUCAUGUGCAUCAUGUUACUACUGGUCACGUAAACCAUCUCCAUCAUAUAGCUGCACCUCACCUACACGCAGUACACCCAGCUGCACCUCACCUACACGCAGUACACCCAGCUGCACCUCACCUACACGCAGUACAUCCAGGAGUGGUGCCUGCUCCGUUCCUUCCUUCAGCACAAUUAUUCGAAGUCACCAAACCCGAUCUGGGUGUUCUACCGUUAGGAGCAACUUUCCCAACAACUGCUCUGAAGGAAAUACCUGCACCUCAGCUAGUACCUCAUCCAGUUUUACCUGUUCCAAACCCAGUUCAUGUUCAUCCUUUCUUGCCUCUUCCCCCGCCUGUUCCUGUAGUCCCAGCACCAGUUCCUAUUGCACCAGCACCAGUGCCUAUCGCACCAGUAGCACCUGUUCAACAUGUAUAUCCCGUGGGAACUGUACAUCCAGCGCAUCUUCCAGUAACUCACCUUCAUCCAGUUGAGCCUGUGCAUCAUGUGCAUCCUGUAGGCCAUAUUCCUAUAGCUGAACCGGCUCCUAUAGGUCAUUUGCAUCCAGUAGCGCAACUACAUCAAGAUCAUAUCCAUCAAGUUUAUCCUCCAGAACAUAUUCAUGCAGGAAACUAUCCGUAUCCUGUAGAACAUGUUCAUCCCCUAGCUCACUUACAUCCAGAUCAUCUUCAUGAAAGUCAGCUUCACCAACAUGUUCAUCCUCUAGCUCACUUACAUCCAGAUCAUCUUCAUGUAAGUCAGCUUCACCAAGAUCAUCUUCAUUUAGGUCAGCUUCAUCAAGAUCAUCUUCAUGUAGGUCAGUUUCAUCAAGAUCAGGCCCACGUUGUUGGUCAAGAACAUGUACACCUAGGUCAACUACAUCAGGAUCACGUGCAUCCCGUAGGCCACUUACACCAGGACAUUCAUUUAGGUCAAAUACAUCAAGAUCACAUUCAUCCUUUAGCUCAUUUGCACCCACAACCACAACCAGGUGUUCAAGUAGAUUACCAUGGAACACAUCUUCUAAACUCUCUAGGCCCCGAACAGCCCCCUGCCCAGAAUUUGCUCCCGAAUCAUUACCAUUUCCAGUACCCGCAAAUACCCCAACAUCAGGUUCCUAACCAAGAAGUGCCUUUGGAAGGACAACCAAAUUAUGCUGAUGGGGGUCAAAAUGGUUAUAAUCAGCAAGUACCGCAAGGCCAGGGUCAAACUCAGUUCAAUGGGUACCCUAACCAAUUCCAACAAGAUAACCCUAAUAUUCAAGACCACUACCCAAAUCCCCAAGAAGAUAACAGGUAUCAAUUGGCACAUCAAGUUAGCAGUCAACAGUUCUUUAGAGAAGGGCAGUUUCAAAUAGGUAACCAAAAUGAAGAGCAAGGAUACUCCUAUCCUCAACCAGCUAGCCGGUUUAUCCAGCCAGGUCAAACUGACGUCCAGUUUCCCUUACAUCUACCAAACCAUCCUGGUUUCAACAGAGGAUACGAACAGGACAAUCAGCAGGAAGCUUCACAGCAACACGAAAGAGCAUUUAAGCCUUCUAUACAGUUAGAACCACCGUUUUAAAAGUAAUUCUUAGGUACUACUAGUCAUCAGAACUAAAUAGGCUGUUAUUAAUCCAUUACAUCACUUUAAGGUAUGUAAUAAUAAACUUUAACUAGGAGCUUAAAACUAUUUAAAAAUAUAAAAAGGCAAACGAAUCAGAACCAGAACAUAGAACUACAAAUCAAGGAGUAGAAUAAAAAAAUAUCUCCUUUGGAGAUUAUUCAUACUGGAACAAGUCAACUCGCUGAUCAUUUAUUUUUUGUAAACAGAGAUUUUUUUAUAAACAGAGAAUAAAUAAGGAGCGAAUUCUAUUUUGAAAACUGAUUACCAUUUAAGCUGAAAUAUCAAAUAAAGGAUUUUUAAUAGAAUUAUGGAAGUUGGACAAAUGUCGGACGAAUGGAGAAGCAGUAUAUUAGUACCUGUCUACAAAAACAAGGGAGACAUACAACAAUGUACAAACUACAGGGCUAUAAAACUACUUAGCCACACCAUGAAAAUAUAGGAGAGAGUAAUUGAUAGACGGAUACGUGAAGAAACUGAUAUUUCCGAUAAUCAAUUUGGCUUUAUGCAGGGCAGAUCAACAACAGAUGCAAUUUUAAUUGUAAGGCAACUGAUGGAAAAAUACAGGAAUAAAGAGACCAAUGCUCAUAUGGUAUUCAUUGAUUUUGAGAAAGCAUAUGAUAGAGCUCCUCGAGAGAUUCUGUGGUGGGCACUCAAUAAGAAAGGAGUCCCUGGCGAAUAUGUAAAGAUUGUGAGAUAUAUGUAUGAGAGAGUAACGACUAGUGUUAGGACAGGUGUGGGAGAGACUGAUAAAUUUCAGGUGAAAGUAGGAUUGCACCAAGGCUCGGUGCUUAGUCCUUAUUUAUUCUCAUUAGUUUUGGACCAGAUAACAGCGAAACUACAGGGUAGCAUUCCAUGGUGCCUAAUGUAUGCUGAUGAUGUAGGGUUAGUAGGAAAUAGUGAAAGAGACUUAGAACAAAAACUGGAACAGUGGAGACAAGCUCUUGAGGAAAAAGGUUUAAAGCUUAGUAGGACAAAAACAGAGUAUUUGGAAUGUUCAUUUAAAGAUGGACUUACUACAAAUAAAAUGGUAUUUUUGGAUGGUGAAAUGAUUGUGAAAAGCCAUAGUUUUAAGUACCUAGGACCCGUAUUACAGAGUAAUGGAGAAAUAGAUGAAGAUGCAUGCAGUAGAAUUAGGGCUGGAUGGAUGAAGUGGAAAGAAGCGAAUGGUGUGUUGUGUGACAGAAAAAUUCCAAUGAAGCUGAAGGGAAAAUUCUAUAAAACAGCCCUAAGACCGGCUAUGAUGUACGGAACUGAAUUUUGGCAGUGAAAAAGAAAGAGGAAGAACGAAUGCAUGUGGCGGAAAUGAGAAUGCUUAGAUGGAUGAGUGGAGUGACAAAGGAGGAUAAAAUUAGAAAUAAGUAUAUUAAGGGAAGUCUAGGUGUGGCACCAAUUGAUGCCAAAAUGAGAGAGAAUAGGUUGAGAUGGUUCGGUCAUGUUCAACGUCGAGACGUUAAUCAUCCAAUACGAAGAAUAGCUGAAGUGCAGAUUCCUGGACGGAGUAGGAGAGGAAGACCAAAGAAGACCUGGGGGAGACCAUAGGGCAGGACAUGUUGAUAAAGGGGAUUAAUAUUCGUAUGACCCAAGAAAGAAUUAUGUGGAGGAAUGCAAUUAGGGAAGCCGACCCCGCAUAGGGAUAAAGCAAAGAGAAUGAUGGUGAUGAUCAAAUAAAGGUUUUGUUUAGGUUAUAAGCUCUUAGAACAUCCACGAAUAUGAUAUUGGACUUCUGUUGGUUGUAGUGCUACGAGAAACACUGUGGGAUGUAGUUCUACGAAAAAAAGAAGAAGACAAAAAAUAGUUGGGACACUGAGACUUAAAUAAAGAUCAGAGUAGAAAAAGGCAGAAAUGUUUAUAGGCCUUCGUAAAUUUUUGUCUGAUUGCAAGUUGAAUUUGAACCUGAGAUACAAGAUGGUAAAGUAUUACGUUUGGUCGGUUCUGUUAUAUCGAAUAUAGACGUUAAAGGCCAGAUCCAGAUCUUGAAAUGUGGUGCCUGCUCUGAAUGUUUGGAAUAUUAUGGAAGAUAGAGUUAGAAAUAAGGAAGUGCAUAUUAAGAAGAGCGAGCCUCUAGGAUAGCGAUUUUUUUUAUUAUGUCAAAAGUAAGAUGUCUGCAUAUUUAGGGCACAUAUUACGAUGAGAAUAAUACACUUUUCAGCUAAUAGUACUAGAAGGAAAGAUAGAGGGUAACAGACGCCUAUAAGUAAAAAAUGUCAUGGCUGCGUAACAUUUGGGACUCCAAAGUUUUGAAAUUCUUCGCAAUGCUGCCAAAAAUAGGAUAAUUUUGAUCUUGCUAUCUAAUAUCUCACCUGACAAGACAAUGUACGGUGGACGCCUGCGAAGAAAUGCACGGGGUUUUAAGAAGAACACGGACUCAUAACUCAUAUUUGAGCUGAUUCAGCAGGUAACAUUAAUUUUUAGGUACAAGUAUGAUUAAUAACAACAUAAGACCAGAAUCCAAGAGGUACGAUUGAAAAACAGUGUAUAGUAUUCAUAAACUAGAAAGAACCCAUAUGUUUAGCGCUGCACUGCGCUGAUUAAUCCUAGCUAGCAUGUAUGUACUGUACUUUUUUAUACACAGUGUUGCCAACAAACUUGUCCACGGGAUGUCCAUAGGCACUCUCCAAUAAAAAAUACAUUGAAGACUUCCUGUUUGAGUUGCUUGCAUACUAUUGAAGAUGAAAAAGUCCGAGGCAAAAAUUUGUAAGUAAAAUAAAUUUAGUAAAGAAAUGACAAUGGGAAAACGGACACAAGAAAUUGAGACUCCUUUAAGGCAGAUUCUUACCAUCCACAAGACAUUUUUUAAGAAUAAUCGUGGCCUUAGUAGUAUCUUUGAUAAUUUUAUACACGCGGGUUAUUUUCUGCUUUGUGCAAGAAAUUGCAAUUAGAAAAUACAGACAAUUAGAAAAAAUUCAACAAAAUAAUAAAUAAAACUGAUAACAAUUAUCUAUAUUUCCCAAUAUUCUAAGACUGGAGAAAUGUUUAAAGGGUUUAAAUAAUGAUUUUAAUGUGCAUUAAUAACAGCCCUAUUUAAAGAUAAUUUUGAAAUUAGUAAAUUUUGUAAAUAUUUAAUAGUGGUGGUUGAUCUAGUCAAUAUUUAAAAAUCUUUAAAGAGAUCAUUUGUAGUAAAAAGUCGAUGUGCAGGGAAAACGGUUGUAAAUACGGGAUUGGAAGAUCCAUAUAAUCGACCUAAUAUUGAGAAUCGGGUAAAAAAUUAAACAAAUAAAGUAAUUUUACUAAAUAUUAAUUAUUGUCACAUUCCAACAAGGUGUUGUUGGAAUGAUAAGUUUGUAAAUAAUUUGUAUAUAUAUGCUGUUAUUUGCUGUUAUAUUAUUUAUUUAAAUUUGAAAUAUAUUAUAUGAUUAUUGUU